UUACGUCAAGUUUGUACUUCUUUAUUGUCAUGUGGUUGUUUGGUCGUUCCUCUACAUCAGAUUCAGUCCAGUCGAGUGUUAGUGAGGCCACACACGCCGAGAGACAAAGAAAUAAGCAACUAGUCUGGCUGAAGGAGGAGAUAAAGGAUGUGGCUGAACUAGAGCGUGACAGAAGGUACAGAGCAAGUUUCACAGUCCAAGGGAAAGCCGUUACACUAGAAAUUUUCUUAUCGGACAGGUUUCCAUUAGAAGGACCAGUUGUCACAGCGUCUCCUUACUUUACACAUCCCUGGGUUGACCAGCAGAUGAGAGUUAUUGGAUGUCCAUUACUCCAACAGUUCACUGUACAUUCAAACCUUGGUACUGCUAUUAAACAAGUGAUUGACGAACUGACCACUCAUCCUCCUCUAUUUGAUCCUCCAUCAUCAAUGGCAUCUUAUCCUGUCCAGCCUCCUAUUCCGGUUCCAUACAGUGGGCCUGGUCCCAGUUCUUUUGUCCCUCCUACCAGUACUGGCCCUUUUUCUCCUUCCUUUGCUCCUUUCUCUUAUUCUUCAAUGCCUCAGCCUGUCCCAAUGCCUUCUAAUCCUUCACCUCCAGUAGCUACUAGGGGGAUGCCCUCUUCUUCUUCUUCCUCCUCCUCCUCUUCUAUUUCAAGGAGACUAAGUUAUUCAAUACCAGAAAAAAUGCCUGGAAUAUCUGAUAAAAGCAAUGAAGAAUUGGAAAAGUAUUUAAAUGAUGAAGAUUCUGUAGUUUUAAUAGAUCAAUAUAUAUCGAAACUUGACGUUAUAAAGAGAGUUCAGUCUGAAAUGGAGUCCUUAUUUCAGGAGAAUGAAGAACUAUCAAAACAAAAUAUUGACAAGGAACCAACAAUUCAAUCGCAAUGGAGUUCAUUGCAAGAAAAACAUAUUGAAUUGCAGAGUUUAAAGGAGAGAUAUGACAAAAUAAUUAAGAAACAAUCUCAACUAGUUGAAAAAUAUGACAGUGCCCGUGCCACUAUGCAACUAAAGACACUCUCUCAAGAAACUGAUACUAAUUCUGACAUAAUAGCUGAUGAUUUUCUAGAACAGAAAAUGGACUGUUCAAGUUACCUACAGAAAUUUCUUCAAGAAAGAAAGCUGUAUCAUUUAAGAAGUGCAAAACUAGAAAUGUUGAAGUAUCAAAGGUCAUAGACAUAUCAUAAUGCAACACUUAGUGAUUACAUAUUGUCUUAAUAUUCAUAGAGUUAUUGAUUAUUGUUUUAUUUAUGUGUGAAUUUUCUAUUCCUUUUUUUCAAGAUGGCAGUGUUUUAGCUGUA